AUGGCCACCCAAAAGAAGAAGCUAAUGCCCAAGUCGGCACUCUUGGUGAAAAAAUACAAGCGUGGGAUUAGACUGUCAUUUGCAGCAUUAGUGGUCGUUAUUACAUUGUUAUUUGUGACGUAUAGUCCCUCGAAUAGCAGUAGCGGAAGCAUUGUUUCAAAGAAAGCUAGUGGCGAAUACCUAUAUCCAUUUACUGAUAUAUCUCAAGGCGUACAUCAUCCAAAGGACGAUGGGAAGAGGGAAAAGGCAGUCAUGGUGACUUUGGCCAGAAACAGUGAUUUAUGGAGUUUGGUACUCUCGAUCAGACACGUCGAAGAUCGUUUCAAUCAUAGAUAUAAUUACGAUUGGGUUUUCCUGAACGAUGGUGAUUUCACGGAUGAGUUUAAGAGAGUAACCACUGCACUCGUGUCUGGUGAAGCUAAAUAUGGGAAAAUCCCCAAGGAACAUUGGUCCGUGCCAUCCUGGAUUGAUGAAGAUAAAUUCGAAUCUGCUAGACAAAAAAUGAUUCAGGAUGAUAUCAUCUAUGGUGGUUCCGUUCCAUACAGACAUAUGUGCCGUUUUAACUCCGGUUUCUUUUAUAGACAUCCAUUGUUAAAGGACUAUGAAUGGUACUGGAGAGUUGACACGGAUAUCACAGUGUUUUGUGACAUCCAGUAUGAUAUCUUUAAAUUCUUGAGGGAAAACAACAAGAAGUAUGGGUUCAUAUUAUCAGUUUCUGAAUACGAGGCUACCAUUCCUACUUUAUGGCAAACGACCAAGGAUUUUAUGAAGGAGUAUCCGCAGUAUAUUCACAAAAACAACUUGAUGAAGUUCAUCUCCAACGAUGGUAGUGAGACUUACAACAUGUGUCACUUUUGGUCCAAUUUCGAAGUUGGUUCCCUUGAAUUUUGGAGAUCUCCAGCUUUCUCUGAAUACUUUAAUUUCUUGGAUAAGCGUGGUGGGUUCUUCUACGAGCGUUGGGGUGACGCGCCUGUACAUUCUAUCGCAGCUUCUUUGUUGCUUGAUAAGUCAGAAAUUCAUUUUUUCGAUGGGUUGGGAUUCCAUCAUCCAGACUUCACCUCAUGCCCGGUGGAAGAGAAGAUCAGAUUACAGAACAAGUGCGUAUGUAACCCUUCCAAGGAUAAUACAUGGGGUGACUUCUACUUCUGCACCAGGAAGUACUUCAGCGCCGCUGGUUAUUCCAUGCCACCAAGCAUUGUAUAA